AUUUCCUGUCGCAACUCUCCGUGUCACAACUCACAACUUAGCGAACGCGAACUCGGAAGUAAAUAUCAUGGCGAAUGAAUCUCAGCAAACGAGAUAUACAUACAUCGACACUGUCGAUUCGAGCGAUGAACCCGAAGAAAUCAAUCUAGAGGAAGAGGCGGUAGAAAGGUUGAGGACUGAAUUGGAUUCUAUGCCGUUUGUUGAGCUACAAGCCUUGAGAGACCGAAUUGGCAUGCAGAAGUUUAAAGUUUUAUAUGCGUCUGUUGCUAAACCUAGCACGAGUGAUAAUAAUAUCGAUGAGGCGAGUAGUCAUACUAGUAAAAUAGUUACAAAUCUUGGAGGGAAAGCGAAGAAGAAUUUAACUGACGAGCUAAAUAGCUCUACCAAGCGGACAAGUAAAAAUGCACCUAGAGAGAUGUCUUCAAAGACCACUGUCACAAGGCUGAGAAAGGUGGUGGAAGUUAAAAAUACAAAGUCGCGAGACCCCAGAUUUGAUGAUUUGUCUGGAGCGUAUAACAGUGAUUUAUGGCAAAAGGCCUACGGCUUCUUAGACGAAUAUCGUGCAGAAGAGCUGAAGGAGUUGCAAGCACAAUUCAAGAAGGAGAAAGAUGCUGCCAAGCGCGAGGAAAUUCAAUUAACUAUAAGCAAAAUUAAACAAUCCGACGAAUUGAAACGUCGCGAGAAAGCUAAGCAAGAACUCAAAGCUAAAUUCCGUAAGGCCGAAGAAGCAGCCGUGGCUAAAGGAAAAAAUCCCUUCUACCUCAAGAAAACUGAACAGAAGAAACUCGAGAUGGUCGCAAAAUUCAAUCAACUCAAAGAAAAAGGAGAAUUGGACCGUUAUCUCGAGAAGAGGAAAAAGAAGAACACGAGCAAGGAUCAUCGAUAUGUGCCUUACAACCGGAGGUGACACAAUUAAAGUCUAUUAUGCUUUUGCUGCAGU